CAUUAGGCUGAGGUAGCCCCAUAGACACAGUGUAUAAUAGUGGUGUAGCUACAUUGGCAGCAGCAACUAUGAGAGGAGAUAAGUUUACAGGUUGAGCUAGGCUGGUUGGCAGCCUUUGUCGCAUUCUUGGAGGAACAACACGAACCGUGGGACGUCGAAGAGUCGUGGGACAGUCCGUGUAACUGGAACAAUAAGUGGUGGAUACAUACGGUUUUUGGACGGAGAGCAGCGGCGGCGGCAGCAGGAGCAGGGCGAGUGUGUGAGUGCUUUGGCGGCGGUCCCGCUGCUAGCGAAACAUGAACAAAAACCACCGAGUGCCGAGCAACCGUUCUCUGAGUGCCGUGGAGGUGAAGAGCAAGUUUGGUGCAGAGUUUCGUCGGUUCUCGCUGGAUCGGUCGAAGCCGGGCCGCUUUGAUGAGUUCUAUGGCCUCCUGCAGCACGUGCAUCGCAUCCCCAAUGUGGAGUUGUUGGUGGGCUAUGCUGACAUUCACGGCGACCUACUGCCCAUCAACAAUGAUGAUAACUACCACAAAGCCAUCUCCACUGCCAGCCCUCUACUCAGACUGUUCCUGCAGAGGAAAGAGGAAGCUGAUUACACAACGUUUGGUACGGACUCGCUGACCAGGAAGAAGAACACAGUGCUUUCAGCGGUUCUUCUACGGCCUGACACCAACAGGAAAAAACCACCAGUGAUCAUCAGCCUGCCAAGGGACUUCCGCCCCGUCUCCUCCAUCAUCGAUGUGGACAUCCUUCCUGAGACACACCGACGCGUUCGCCUGUACAAACAUGGUCAGGAAAAACCGUUGGGCUUCUACAUCCGUGAUGGCUCCAGUGUGCGGGUCACUCCACAGGGCCUGGAGAAGGUCCCAGGCAUAUUCAUCUCUCGCAUGGUGCCUGGUGGGCUCGCGGAGAGCACUGGCCUAUUGGCAGUCAACGAUGAGGUGCUGGAAGUUAACGGUAUCGAGGUAGCUGGAAAAUCUUUGGACCAGGUGACGGACAUGAUGAUUGCUAACAGUCACAACCUCAUCAUCACCGUCAAGCCUGCCAACCAGCGGAACAAUGUUGUUCGCAGUGGAGGAGGAGGAGGAGGCACGGCAUCCGGUAGCUCGGGACGCUCGUCAGACAGCGGUGCCAGCUACUACGGCUACUCAUCGCACAGUGGGGUUGGUGCUGCGGCCUCCAUGCCAUCACACAUCAUCCAGAACUUCCCAGUUGGGGAGUUGGAGAGCGACGAGGACGACGAGGACCUGGUGAUCGAGGCAGGGGGUGAGGCUGAGCCCAUCAGACGCGCCCCCUCCAACUAUAGCAUGCCCUCGCUGCCUCGCUACGAGCCGCACCUCAACCUCCGCACUGCCACCACCUCAGCCUCUGCCCUCUCUUUCAACGCCAAUGGAACCCUGCCAGCCAGCGGCAGCAGCGGAUCACUAAGCAACGCCAAUGCCACUUCGACCACACCGUCCCCAGACAGAGCAAAUGAGAGGCGGAGUCUUGAGGAGGAGGGCACUGUUAUAACUCUGUAGGCAUUCACACGCUAAACACUGGAAACCAGAGAGAGACAAAAAACUCAUACUUUUAUUCACACUUGUGGGAGUCAUGGAUCAGCUGAUCAAACACGGGAAUAUCCUGCACCAUCAUACAGCGACUGUACCUGAGAAGCACAAUGAAAAGUGUACAUAUUAAAUCACAAUGUACAUCCUAACAUUUACCCAUCAAACACUGCACUCCAUACUUUACAUGCCAAUGACCACGUGUGUGUGCCAUAGUGGUGACGCCCCCCUCCCACCUCGCCAGUACACAGAAAGUGUAGUAUGAUUUUUAUGCCUUCCACUUCAUCUCUAAACCACUACAUGCACCUGUUUUAAACCUGGAAAAUGUUUUUACGCUGAGCUUCCACAAGAGAGCAGAGAUGAGACUCCCAAUCAUCAAUCCCAUGAAUAGAUGAAGAUUGAAGUCCUGUGAACAAGUUAAUUCCACCCAGUGGCGUCCUCAAGGGGGGCCAUGGCCCCCCAAUAUAGUUGCUCCUCCCCCUCACUGGCCCCCCUGUGAAAAUAAUUGGAGGCCAACACUACUGUCUUAAAGAAGCUGUGGAAGCUGCGUGAAGGUAGUACUAUCUUGUAGGCAAAGAGCCAGUAUACUUCAACAGCAUAAUUGCAUUUCUGACUUUCAGGCUUUUGGUUUUAGUUUGCCACCCCAAUAUUUUCAGUGGCCCCAUCUGGCCGGCCCUAUGAAAAAUUUUUGGGGGUGCCACUUAGUCCACCCCACCAUUACAAACAGACAUUGAAGCUCAAGCAUUUGUUGACAAUCUGUGGUUGUUUUUUGCCUCGUCACCCCACCCCUGCACCACACUCUGACCGCCUCCCUUUCCCCAGGUGACCACAGCAUUCUUUUAGUAAACGGUUGCGGUACUUUCCACACAAUUCAAUACUGCAACAGUCGACCAAGUGCUGAGAUCUGCAAUAAUACUGUAUUUUUUUUUUUUUUAAUUGAGGAGAAACCACCGAAAAAACAAGUCUGGGUUCUUUGUGUUGACUCAGAUGCUUUUAACCAUGGUUGUUAGCGGUUCUUCUUCUUUUUACCUGCUGUGUUAAUGACUGAUAAUGAAAGAUUGAUGAAUUUGGUAAUUUUUGGGAGCAAGUUUUAAAUAUCCCUUUACCACCAGGCCUGUGUUUUAUAUUAUUUGAAUGUUUCGGUUUCUUUUUUUAACAGUACUUGUACCUCACAGAUGACUGUAUGACCAGUUUCCAUCCGACCUAUUGGAGGUUUCGAGUCACUCCAGAAAAAUUGCUCCUAACAGGAAAUGAAACAUACUAGAAUUAAUUUCGUAUUUCCUUCAUAUUGCACUCCCUCUCCCUUCCAUGACAAGGGCUAUUUCCCCUGCUGCAUGUGUACAAAUGACAAAAUGUGAAUGUGAUUUAAUAUGUUUUGUUUGUUUAUUUUCUCCCUCUUCAUUCUUUCUGGACCGUGACUCAAUAUAUCGUAUCUCAGUGCUGUACAAUAUAUUCAUCUCUGUAGUUUUCUAGCCAGAAGUUCACUUGGAUGUGUCCUGAGACAUUCACAUAUGAAAAGUGUUCUCUCCAGUAUUUCUGCACCAUUAACUUUUUUGUAUUUUCAUUCUCAUUGAAUUAAAUUAAUGGUGUACUAGGAGAGAAUAUAAUGCAACAACUGUGUUCAGAAUGCUACCAAAUGACUUUGGGCCUAAAUGGCAGAUUGAUAGCUGGACUGUAACACUGUUAGCAAGUAGAGCUGCAAAAAAAGAGUUUAAAUGAGUGAUACAGUUACGAGAGAGAAACCACCUGUAUCUCAAAAAUAAGCCCUGGUUAGAUUGAGUCAUAUUUAAACAAACACACAUUGCAGGUACACUGGGCACAAACUGAUUCACGUAGUGUAUUUAAUAAAGGUGAGGCAGGUCUGUGUUAUGUACAGUAUGUUGGCAUUUCCAUUGCAGCUGUUCCCCUGAGCAAAAAAAAAAAAAAAGACUGCCUGAUUAGGCCUAAAUUUGAAAAUUCAAAUAUCCAUUUUUGUGUUUUCUUGAAAGCUGCACUUAAGAAAAAAAAAACCUCAUAAGCCUUUUGACACUUAUUUGUGACUCUGGGCAGUAUAAAUAUGAUUGACUUUGCUUAAAUGAUUUUUUGGCUGUGGACCUAGUCAACCUGGACCCUUUUUUCCCACGUUUGUGUUUUUAAAUUGUCAACAUGGGCGGAUUAUGACACAAUGGGCCCCUGGGCCUGGACACGUAAAAGGCCCCCCUACACUCCCCCAGGCAGGCACAACAUGCUGUUGUUUGUCCCUGCAAAGUCCAAGUCCUUUUGAUGAACUGCAGGGAUUUACACUCACUUGAAAUGUAUCAUGAUGGGGUUUUUUUUCUUGUGACAUUUUUCAAGUAAAUGUAUAGACUAUUCCUUCAUCAUUUUUGGGACUUUUGGGGCUCUGUUAUUGAAUGACCAAGCCAUUUGACAAGAAAUGCAAAGUUAAUAACAGUGACUUUUUGCAGAAGCUACACCCAUGACUAUCAAGAGAGACCGCUCCAGUCACAGCAGCAAAACAGGCUGCAAUGUAAUUCCUAUGGACAAUUGUGUGCUCAAUUUACAUAGAUUAAAGUGCUUGUUUUUGGCACUGACAGGUUCAGAUUGUUAUAAUAAGUGUCUGACAACAUUACGGGAAAGUCCUUACAAGUCCUUUUGCCGGUCUGUGUGUUAGUGGGUGCGGUUACGUGAUGGCUUCUCAUUCGGAAAUAAAGUUUUUCAAGGUAGUUUACAUGGGAAAUAUCCAUUCGGAAUGAGGGUUUACAUGGGAGAUCAGUUUAAUCGCCUUCAUUUGGGUCUGCGCAAGGUUUGGGGCAGGGAAGGUUUCUGAUUGGAUAGGGGCGGGGCGGAUGUUACGUGUACCGGAAGAAAACACUGUAGUCCUUGCUCUGGAUAACAAGAUGCUUGACGACGCUAUUCUUAGUGCCUUUUUCGGGCUUGUUUUGCUUAUAUUCUUGAAGCAGCAGUACGACAACAACCAUGUUCUGCUAAUACGUCGUUUGUUAAGGAGGAGAAGAGAGGUAGAAGGUCAAAGAAGGGAGAUAGAGGACCGUGCUGUGGCGAAUGGAAACCAGUGAGUGCAACGAGUCCGACUGCUCAAUCUCAGCCCGUUGCUAUGCGCGCUGUAUACAUCAUCGCGCCAGAAGGGCAAGGAAACGAGCAUGCGCAGAAAGAACGGAAUGGCCGGAAUCGGGUAGGAGGUGUAUACAAGACAGAAAAAUUCUUCCAUUCGGGUUCUGAAAAGGAAUAUUCCACCCCUGUGCACCCGAUUUAGAUUUUCUUUAGGGUUGGCUGUUUUCAUUCGGGUUGAGGUGUUUACAAGGAGCAUUUCUAUUCGGGUAGGGCUUCCAACCUGAAUGCAAAAGGAAUACAUGGCUCCAUGUAAACGCACGUAUUGUGACCAAGUCUUGCUCAAGAAGAUUCCUUGUUCUGAAAUCUUGCGAGAGGUGGCGUUUUGCAAGAAACACAACAGUGGAAAUGUUAGUGAGAGCUGGAGAGAAACAGCAGUUUCUUGUGUUGGAGAACAGAAAGUGUAGGUUAGUAUUAUCUACAAGAUGUUCAUUGUCAUGGCUGAAUAUUUGACUGGACAACAUGAAAAAAUCCCUGAGAUUUCAGAACAAGAAUUCUUGAGCGAGACUUGGUAACGCACACCAACAAACAGACCGAAUCAUUGAAAGGUAAAGAAAAACAUUUCAUUCCUCUCUAAUAAUAACAGUCACAUCCUGUCAGUGGCAAAACAAGCACUGUUGAUGGACUUAAAUUGAUGGUGCACAAAUGCCUGUAGGGAUUACAUUGCAGCCUGUUUAGCUGCUGUGGCUGCAGCUGUGUCUCUCAAUACUGCACCAAUUUUGAAAAAUAGUUGUUUCCAUUAGUCAUUUAAACCCUGUUCCCCUGGGACUAGUAUUACCUGGGGACCUCUGCUAACUUCUAAUAAUUGCGGAGGUUAUCUGUAAUCUUAAUCCCGUGUGAAUCUGCCAUGUCUGUAAAUUGUCAAGUAAAAAUUCCACUGCAAAUUAUCUACCAUAUUUUGCCAAACACAGAGGUCAUGUGAUGCUGUUAUUCCUGUGCGAAUGCCCCACACCAAACACGGAUGUAGGGGGGUGUAAUCUCUAAAUCUCAUGUGGUCCCCAGGUAAUACUAGUCCCAUGCAAUUAUUGCUUUAGACACAAAAACAUGGGAAAAUAAGGUCCAGGUUCAAAAAUAACGUUUUCAUUUGAUCUGAAUUCACCAACAAGUUUUCAUAGAGCAGCUUUAAAUUGUAGUUGAGGGUUUUUGCGCUUAAAUCCAAUUAAUUUGCUGAUGAAAUCCCUCAGAAAGGUGUGCUCUGAUCACAUGCCAUGAAAACUUUGUCCACAGAAAGAAGUAAAUCUGGUACUUUCAGUACCUGUUCUUGAAGCGGAUCCAUAACAUUUAUUCGAAGUAUGUACAUGCUGCUGCUAACCGCCUCCCUGAAGUGAGAGCACAUGUCUGUUAUUUCUCUUAUUGAUUUUCAGCAUUUGCUCUCUUGCUAAAAGUGAUACCACUGACUUCAGCACAGAUUUUAUCUCACUGGCGAAAACAUGGUGGACACACACACACACACACACACACACAAAGGCACUCUCAGUAAUGUCUAAUGGCUUCAUCGGAACCUACAUGCACUUGUUAUGAAAUACAGUACAUUCAUACAGCUCACCAUCACACUAAUGUUCAUCCUUUGUAGUUCUAUUUGUUUGAAUAUCUGAUGAGCCUAUCAGGCAGUGAAUAUCUAUGACUGGAAACCAACACACAGGUCAUGUGUGUACAUCCACUGUUGUAUUUCAAGCUCUAUGUAUAAGGUACUGUCUUUUUGGCCUUUUAUGGUACACAGAGUGCUGGUGGGAUCCUGUCGUCUUUCAUUCCCAACAUGAAACAGUAAUGAAUGGUACUCUGAAUGGAAGACUUUUAGAAAUCAAUGUUAAUUUAUUUUCUUAAUUUCUAACUUUACCACAGGACACUGGGAUUGUAACCACAGCGACAUUAUUUAUUCUCUAAUCAUGUGUCUGCAUAUUUUCUUCCUUUGUACACAUUUUAUGACUUUAUUUUUUAUAACUGAUAUGUUUUUGUUUAUCCGUGAUUGUUGUUUUGGUCCUAAAUCUCAUGGUAGAUGUUUUUGCCCAAUAGGAGAUGAUUUCAGUGAUUUUACUGUUCUGGCUGAAGCAACAGGAGAAUCUGUGCAAGACGUGACACUAUUAUUUUUUUUUUCAUACUGUGAAUUAUCAAUAUUAUUUUGUGGAAGAGGAACAGUUGUGUUGGCACAACCUCAAAACAUGCUACUUUGCUUUGAGUCAGAUUUUUUUUUAAGUGAUCGAGCAAUGAUUUUUGCUUGCCAGAUAAAUCUUAUCGUAUAGAUUUGUAAUGCAGAUUGUCAGUAUUUUCAUAUCGAUGCUAUAUAUGAUGUACAUUUUUAUCACAUUUAAUGAAAAAUGUUUUAAGAUUCAACUGGAGAUGUAUGAGUAAAUAGAUGUAAACCUGUAAUUGCUGAUUGGAAGAGCUGGAUAAAAUAAACUAAUAUGUAGCAAUCUUCA